AUGAUUGUUAAUUAUCGGAGUUACUUCCUCGUUGAAGUUGAUACUGUCGAGGUAUUAGUGCAAGUCUCGGUUGAAUAAUGCAAUGGAGAGCAUGUUUGCUCUCCACAAGAGUCCUGUUCACUUGGGUGCUGUAACACGUACUCACAGUCAACGCAACAACUCACUGACAUGUUUACGUUGUUGAUUUGGAAUUAUUGGUAUUUGUGGGCUGGAAUACUCGCAGGGUUGGCACUAGCUGGGAUAUGCUGUUGCUGGUUGUGGCAGAGACGAAAAAGCAUUUUAACGUGCUCCACUGAGAGUAUAUCAUCAUCCGACCGGAGAUGCUCAACCACCUGCUAUCCUCCACCUCAUUACAGUCGAUGUUCAUCAUUUAUUCAGACCCUUCCACCACCGUACAAUGAGGUGACAGCAAAGCCAGAUCUCUAUCCCCUCGUCAUUGGUUUCGGUGAUGAGGGCACUGGCAAGGGCCCAUCGAGUUUCGUGAUGCGUUACUUCCGGACACUGUCUCACACGAGUACCCUAGACUCCCUGAGUUCGAGCUUCAUGUGCAAUGUCGUGAAUGAAGCCAAUACCAUCAUACCACCCCCGUAUUCAAUUGACUCCUGCAACAACAGCAUCGAUGGUCUCUCAACGAUGGAGUGCGAGAGAGGGGAAAUAGCUGCUGGAUCAUUCGUAUCUCUCGCCAAUAAUCGAACAACCUCUGACAUAUCGAGCCUAGCAGCACAAUCUCCCUGCUCUCCACCACGCGCAACAAGUCCGACUAUCGAAUUACGUGAACUCCUUGAUAAAAUUCAACAAUUGCCCCAUGAUCCACCGAUAAAUCGUAUAAACUGUCAGAAUCGUCCGCAAGCACUGAAUUUCCUGGGAAUUCAGUCGCCAGUUCAGGAGUCCUGCAGCCCGGGGGAGUAUUUACAGAGUAGAGUAAGACGGACCCGGGGAAAAACGUACAUGCCGUUGGGUCAGAUGGCCACGAGAAACAAUAAACCUAAACGCUGGCUGUCGAGAUCAGCUCCAACUACACCGUCUGGCACAAUGCCCAUGACUUUUAUGUCUGUUCAUCCACUCAGGCCAUCGGAUACUGGUAAUUAUAAUCAUCAAAAUGUUCCUCUACUUGCUGAGCAGGACGAGACCUCUGGUGCAGCUCCUGCCAUCAAUGAGCACGAGGAAGAGCCACAACAGUUAUGACCAUCCGGGUCGUAUGUUAUUUAUUGAAAUCAUCAGCUGGGGCUGCCUCCGUUUUAGCAAGUGCGAAAUUUUAAACACAAUUUUUUAAUACAUUCACGACUGCUAAAUUGCCAGGUGAGACGAGUCUCGAUUGAUCGGUGAUUUUUUCGGAUAGAUUGAGGCUCUUAUCGUAGAAAGAUCAAUGGAUUCAACUGCCCUCCAUUGGUGCCGUAAUUUUCUUGUAAUAAAGAGAUUUAUUCGCAUGUACGAUUGCUGUGAAGAUUCACUCGAUUCCGGGGGUGCAGAGUUUCAAUUUAAAUAUUAUGGGAUAUUUAAUAGUUUUUGGAGUAACAGUGGAAUUAUUAAAUUUGAUACGUAAACCGUGCAAUGAAAUAAAAUUAAUUGAAUUUUCAUGUUUGAAUUCAGUAGCAGCGUAUUUCGGUGAGGAACAUGUGAAAAAAAUUGAUUUGAAAAAAUAUCUAUUAUCAGUUAUUGAGUAAAAUAUAUCGGCACAGAGAAAAACAAUUUCUUGGUGUUUGAAAAGAUGUUUUUGGGUUGAAGAGAAAUUUUUAUUAACGUGAGUUUUAUAAGAGAAAAUAUUUAUCUUAGAUUUAGAAAUUUGUUUUCAACAUCAAGAAACUUUAUUUCUGUGAAUUGAUUCGUAUGACAAUGUGUCAUUUUUAAUGAAGAAAGCUCGAGAGGCAAUUGUAUGAAAAUCGAUCCAAAUAGAAAACUAUAACGAAUUCGAGUUAACCGGGUGAAUUAUUACUGUUCUCGAUAAAAAUAGAGAUGACACGACAUAAUAAUGAAUAAUUAGAUGAAGGAUAUACGCAUCAGGGACAUUGCACAUUAUAUAUUGCAGUCAAAUAUCACAGAAUCGCUCUUAAGAGCGCAGUUAUGGAGAAUGAUACAUAUAAUAAUAAGUUACGAUGAUAACGGCUUCGGAGUCGAUCACCUCCUUCCACUCAAAGGACAGUGUCAUAAAAAUUGCCCGCGCGUCAAGUAUUGUCAUGUAUUUUUUUAUAAAUCAUAUGAAAAAUGUAAUAGAAAAUAAAUUCAAGCUUUGGAAAUUGAAAAUUGAAGCAAUUAAUAGUGGAGUAGUUCAUGAAAUUCAGGCGGUAAUUUUAAAUCAAUAAAAGGCGUUCUUGUUUAUUCAAUUUGGUGAUAAAAUACACUUGCUCGAUAUAAAUACAACAUUUUUGUAUAAAACACAGGGCGAAUACAUUUAUGCAGCAGUCAUGACUCGAUAAUUUGUCAUUUCUCUUUCUUUCGAAUCAGUACUGGACGUAUCGUUAGUAUUUUUUACUCAAUUGGAAUUAUCCAAUGCGAAUAGUUCAAUACGUUGAAUUCAAGGUACAUCUAUUGACAUAUUUUUCAACAAUCAGAAGCCGAAUAUUGCAAAAAAAUACAAUAAAUAGGUGCUGAUAUAUUAUAAUGCUCAUUUAAAGGUUAUUGCGCUGUCAUGGAAUAAUUUUCAUCGUAGAUUUAUUAAUUCCUCUCAUUACGCUUCAAUUUGUCGAAAGAAAAUUUCAUAUCAAUCGUGAUUAUAUACAUAUCACCGUCUAAAAUACCAAUCGCUCAUGUGCGUAUACAAUUCGUUAAAAAAUGUCCAUGAGAUUAUAAAAUAUUGUCCUAAUUAAUUAACAGUAAAUACGAUACUGAAAGAAUCAGUUUGUUACUGGAUAUAAAACGAUUUUGUAUUUUUUUCCGUCUAACUACAAAAUAA